AUGUUCAAAGCUGAGCGCCGCCGACAUGGCGGACAUGACCAUCGACAUCCCCCAAGGACGCUUCAGAUCUCUGCCAACAUCUCAAUCCCGCCAUUCCAGUCGCAACCUUCCAGCCAACUCGCUGGCCAGGAGACCUACAACAAGUCAACCCCUCCCCCCAACGGAGAGUUGCUCACUGCCCCCAAAAACGAUUCGCGUGCUCCACCCAACAAAGAGUCGCACCCUUCCCCCAACAACGGGUCGCAACCUGCCCCGAACGACAACAACAAGUUCAGAAGUCCAUACUUGUUCUGA